UGACGCGCUUCCCCCCCAGAGAGCGACCCCAAGAACUACCUGACCUAUUACAAGCGGGCGACCAUCUACCUGGCCAUGGGCAAGUUCCGCGCGGCUCUGCCCGACCUCUCCAAGGCCAUCGAGCUGAAACCCGACUUCCUGGCUGCUCGGCUGCAGCGCGGCAAUAUCCUUCUGAAGCAGGGCCACACGCAGGAGGCCCGGCAGGACUUCGAGGCCGUGCUGCGGAACGACCCUGGGCAUAAGGAAGCUGAGAGCCAGCUGGCCCGAGCCACCGAGCUUGAGGUGUCCAUGCAGGAAGCCCAAGCAGCCUAUCGGAGAAAGGACUACGCUGGAGCCAUCGGCAUCCUGGGACAUGCCAUCGAGAUCUCACCGUGGGACCCUGAGGCGAAGGAGCUGCGGGCUGAGUGCCACCUGCACCUGGGAGACCCCACCAAGGCCAUCCUGGACCUGAAGCCCACCACCAAGCUACGCAGUGACAACCGGGCUGCCUUCCUCAAGCUGAGUCGCCUCUACUACCGCCUGGGCGAGCACGAGGAGGCCUUGGCCCAGGUGCGGGAGUGCCUGAAGCUGGACCAGGAUGACAAGGCCUGCUUCUCCCACUACAAGCAAGUGAAGAAGCUGUCCAAGCAGCUAGAGUCUGCGGAGGAGCAUGUCACGGCACAGCGGUAUGAAGACGCCAUAGAGAAGUACAAGGCAGCUAUGAAAACUGAGCCCAGCGUGGAGGUCUACACCACCAAAGCCAAGGUCCGGAUCUGUCACUGUCUCUCCAAGAGCAAGAGACCCCGGGAAGCCAUCGACAUGUGCACAGAAGCUCAUCAGCGGGACCCCCGCAAUGUCUUCGUGCUGCGUGAUCGGGCUGAGGCCUACAUCCUAAAUGAGGAGUUUGAGAAAGCUGUGGAUGACUACCAGGAGGCCAAGGAGUUUGACGUGGAGAAUGAGGAGCUGAAGGAGGGGCUGGAGAGAGCCCAGAAGCUGCUAAAACAGUCCAAGAAGCGUGACUACUACAAGAUCCUGGGUAUCCGGAGAAACGCCAACAAGCAGGAGAUCAUCAAGGCCUACCGCAAGCUGGCACAGCAGUGGCACCCGGACAACUUCCAGUCGGACGAGGAGAAGAAGGAGGCAGAGAAGAAGUUCAUCGACAUUGCAGCCGCCAAGGAGGUGCUGACAGACCCAGAGAUGCGGCAGAAGUUCGACUCCGGCGAGGACCCCCUGGACCCCGAGAACCAACAGGGAGGUGGGGGCCAUGCACACCAGUGGCCUUUUGAAUUUAAUCCCUUUGGCUCUGGCAACUUCCACUUCAAAUUUCAUUUCAACUAACUCCAGGGCCCAUGGGCCCUGCCCCACCCCACGCCACGGUGACAUGGGGGAGAGAGAGAGCGGGACAGGAGGCAACCACACGCUCCCUGUCUCCAUCCACGUGUCAGAUGUUCUUUGCCAUAUUCCUGCCUGUCAUGGGGCACCAGCUGUUGCGCUUGGCUGGGACACAGAAAGAGUCGGAGGCUUCACUGCACCAAGGAGGUUUGGGUGGAGGCCGACAGCCUCUCCCAGUACCCUAGGAUCUCAAACUUAGAGGAGAGAGGUCCCACCGGUUGAUGUUGGAGAAGUGCCAGGGGGCGACUGGCCGCUAUUGAACGUCUGGAGGGGGCCAUGGCAACAUCCAGCAGUGGAAGGGGUCGCUGCCUGCCAUGGGGGCUCCUGUUUCCUAAUCAGCCCCCAAAUACUGUCCCGGGCCCUGCUGUCUUCCCCUGACAUCUCCUGCUGCCACUGCCCUGCUGCACGUGUGGAGAACGGGGUGCUGGUUGCCCCACCUACCCCCAACCCCUUCCAGUCUCCAAGCUGGGCAGCGGGGGAUGACUGGAAAAGGCACCUUGGCUCCUCACCAGCCUCCAAGGAGACCCUGGUGGCAUUCCCCCAUCCGUCACCCCAGGAGUGGGGGGCUGAGGACCUGUGUGGAGCUCUCCCCACCUCAGGCUGUGCUUUCUCCCCCUGCUCUUCGAUACUGCCCCAGGGGGUAGCUCAACUCAGCUUCCCCCCUGGUUCUUUUGUAGAUACACUUUGGACUCUGGGUUCUCGGCUCUGCUGGUUUGUGGGGUGGUAGAAGCGUCCCUAGGGCUGCCCGCAGGGGCUUUAACUCUGCCCCCUGGCCUGGGAGUUUUUCCUCUGUCCUCUGUGGCCUAGCCCACGUCCUCCCCCGGAGUCCAGAUAGUGCUGGGGGCAGACCACUGGCCAUGGGGCACUGCCUGUCUCCUUCCCCACUGUGCCAAGCCGCAAGCUCUGUACCACCAAGUGCCUUUCUCCAAGAGGUCGUCCGGGCCUUGGAGUACACAAGCACGAAGAAGGCCAGUUACCCUCCCAGAGCCAGGAUGCCACGUGGACCCUAGACCAGAGCCAAAGGGCUGCCCCAGGAGUCAAACGUGGUAGGAAGGAGUUGUGGGGAGGGUCUUUGUGAGGUGAUGCUAGCUGCUUCCUCCCCCACACACAUGCACAUAGAGCUUGGUCCCCACAUCUCCACUAAAAUAAAACUUUUAUUUUGUACAAAACUCCAGGCCAGUGGCACCUGGCACAAGCCCCCCCUUCCAGGGUCAGGUUCGUGUCACCUGCUGGAGGGAGGGGAGAUGCA